UUCCUUCAUGGUAUACAUGAUUGCACCAAAUCAAUCAUACAUUAUAGCCAUCAUGGGACGAACAGGGAAACUUAAAAAUAAAUCGACCUCUGUCCACUCUCGCGCUGCCCGUCGAGGAACCUCACCUACCGAAGUCGACAAAUCUCUAGAGUCAAUGCCACGUGUUGAGGCGCCAACGAAAUCUCACAGCGUUCUCGCAGCACAUGGAAAUGCCGGUGUAUUGAAGAAGAAAGCCAAGAAUAAGAAGUUGACUCGAUCGCAACGUCUACGGCAACAGAAAGGCAUCGAAAGAGGAGAGAUGAUUUUUGAUCGAUUGGAAACCAAGGUUGAGAAGGCGAAAUCUUCGUACUCGAAAAUUGUUAGCGCGCGCAAGGUACAAUGGGAAGAUUUGAAUGGCAAGCACGCUAAGGCCGCGAAGAUCCUCCAGCAAACUCAAGAAAGUGAUGGUGAGCAGGUGGAUGAAGAUGAGAAGCUUGUAUCAGCUGCUCCCAUCACAUUAGACAAAACUACCGUUACAGCAUCCGUUGGAAGCUCUUUGCCGCCUAUAGAGCAUGCAGCAGCUGAUGAUGAUGACAAUAUUACUUGAGAAAUGACAGGCCUCAUAUAGUAAAAACAGAAAUAAAGAGAGGGAUAUAUUCGGAGUUUUGUUUGGGUUAGCUUAUUUCCUGGGUCGGAGUUGAUUAAUCAUGCGAUCUAUCUCACCCAAUGCAGUGUCAGAAGCCUUCGUUCUCAAGACUUCCAACGUGUUGAAGUCCUUUGCUUUCAAGGCCUCUUCCCCUGCCUUCACGAUCAUCCCACACUUCAGCCACAUUUCAAUCCUUUCAGCGACGGUUAGAUUGGUGCAUUUAGGAACAAAAGUCGAUGCGAUUUUGGUGUUUCCUGCCCCCAAUGCUUCGGCAAAAAAAGGCUAUAUCGGACGUCAGCAAUUUUGUAUAUAUUGAAAUUCAAGGUCUUCGUGUCUAGCCAUACCUCCCAGCCAAUAGGCGAUUUUCUCAUCUUGGAAAUCUCCUCUAACUCUCCCCAAUCUCGUUUUGCAACUAGAGCCCUCAGCCGAAUCCACCAGAACGUUGCCUCUGACAUUUUGAAGUCGCUAUAGAGCUUUUGUGCUCUCUUCCCAUACCCUGACUUUAUCAGGCGGUAGACAGUCUCAUUGAGACUAAGUCCGACAUAUUCGGGACCGUCAGAUAGUUCUUUGUCUAGGCCUUCUUGCACUCGAAGGAGUUGGGUGGCUUCAAGGAUAGACUUUUGCUGAAACUGUGUUGCGGCAUCCUUUGCGUCUGACAGCACACGAGAGGCCAAGCCCAAUUUGUCUAUCUUUGCGUGAACGUCCUCUCGAGAAAAUGCUUCUGAAAUAAGUAUGUUAGAUCCGUCAAUAGGUCUGUCAUCCUGGUAAUAUAAGUCCUUUAAUAUCUCCACAUCACCAUCUCGCG